AUGUGGGUCGUCUUGAACUCCAGAAGCACGAGCUGGAACCUCAUCGAGCGGGUGAUCUUUCCAGCGCCGACUCCCUCGUACACAGUCAACAGCUUCCCUGGCGAAUUGAUUCUCAUUCCACGCGAAGAUGGUGCAAAGGUGCCUUGCUUGUUUCUGCCGUUUCAGCAUGCGCGGUUCCUCUUCAUCUACUUCCAUGCUAAUGCGGAGGAUCUUGGACUCAGUCACACCUUCUGCACGAUCUUGAGAGAUCUCUUCCAAGUUCACGUUCUCGCCGUCGAGUAUCCUGGAUAUGGCAUCUGCCCUGGUACGUGCGACGAGGCUGGCGUGAUGGCAAACGCAUCUGCCGCCAUGGAGUUUGCCAUUCACCAUCUGAAAUGGCCCAGGGACGGCAUCAAGCUCUUUGGCCGGAGCUUGGGAACGGGGCCCACGAUGGCCUUGGCGGCGAGGCACGACAUCGCUGGAGUCAUCCUCAUCAGCCCGUUCACAAGCAUCAAGGACCUGUUUCAUGGGCAGGUAGGCUUUCUGGCCGACAUGGUCGAGAAUCGCUUCUGCAAUAUCGACCUCGCGCCAAGGAUCUCCAGUCCUACGCUCAUCAUCCACGGCAUGCAGGACGCGCUGGUCCCUCCGGAGCAUGGCCGAAAGGUUUACGGAGCCAUCACGUCCAGGCGCAUGCUUGUUACCCCGAACAACAUGAGCCACAACACGUCGCUUCUGAAAGAUGUUGCAACCUUCAUCCUUCCCAUGACCCACUUCUUCUCCCUACCCGACUACACCUUCGAAGAACUUGAGGUGCCGGACUGGGUAUUCCCAGUAACGACUCCAAAGGAGGAAGAGGCACAAGACAACCAGGAAGACCUUGUCGAGAUGCUCAGGCAAGCGAACCAAAAGCCGGGAUGGCUAGCUUCUGCGAGCUGGUUGUGUGGACGUUCUGCCUGCAACCAGCCGGGGCGAGGUCUGGAGGAAAGCAUAGUCGAGCCCAUCAGCCGCUUGAAGCCCGAGCCUUUCGCUGAUCCUCCGGCCCAGCGAAAAGGCGAUCCGGGCACGGUGGUGGUUGACAUGACACCAUCACCUACCAGGACGGCCAGUGCACCUGCUCAACUGCAGAAAGAUCUGUCCGCCGCUGCAGUAGAGGAGGGCGUUCCAGACGAGCUCGCCACACUUCAGCCAAGUCAGGUAUGGGAUCCUCACUCACCCUCCGGGCUUGCCAGAGGUGCCAAUCCUCGGACAGGCUCCCAGGAAUCAUGUGCACUGACAGAGGUGUCCCGUGAGUAUAAGUUCGGCCGUGCGAAGACCGAGCUCUAG